AUGCAUUUGAUGUACACUUUGGGCCAAGAUGGCAAGAGAAUCUACACUUUAAAGAAGACUACCGAAGACGGUGAAAUUACCAAGUCUGCCCACCCAGCUAGAUUUUCUCCAGACGACAAGUACUCCAGACAAAGAGUCACCUUGAAAAAGAGAUACGGCUUGUUGCCAACCCAAAACUAA